AUGUCCAACCCGUUGAAACGCCCCCGCCGAUCCAAGGUCGCUUGCAGACUAUGCAGAGACCGUAAGAAGAAAUGUGACGGUCGUCGGCCUUGCGAAACUUGCAGUGACUUCGAGUACGAGUGCUUCUACGAUAUCGGCGGUCGCAAAAAGAGAAACAAGAACCCGCUACUACCAGGCCAAGAACGGUCCCAGCCUCAUGAAGACCAGGGGAAUCUUUUCCACAAUACAACAUCUCCGUGCGACCGAUCCCUAGGUCCAUGCCUUGAGGUGCUACAGCCACAAUCCUUGGAAUUGAACUCCGGUGCUGCUUUUGUAAGGGGGUUGGGGCUCAAAAUUGACCCAGACAAUGCGCCCGAGCCUAAGGUUUUUGCUUGGAAUAUCGGCGCCCGACAAUUGCCAGGGAACUUUGUUUCUCUAUCCAUUUUGAAUAUCGUAUCACAUGGGGAGAUGACCAGCCUCGCAAAAGUUUACCUCGACAAGGUAGAUCCAUGCUACGGUUAUAUCGACCGUGCGACUUUCUUCGCAAAUCUGGAUUUGAGGUGGUCCCGGGAGUCCACACUGGAGCCUUAUGAUGCGGUUCUAUGUGGUGUAGCAGCAAUGGGCUACCUUUUUUCCCGAAGAAAAGCUAUCGCUGCAGAAUUGCCUUUAGUCGAAUCAGCUCGAUCAACACUCGAACAAUGUUCAAUGUCCGGCAUACCAUCAUUGAGUAUCAUUACAGGGUGGGCUCUCAGACUGGCCUACCUGCGGCUGAUAAGCUCUCCACACACUGCAUGGAUGGCUAGUUGCUCAUUGUUACACCUAGUAGAAGCAUCGGGGCUUCAUCUAGAGUCUCCGUCCCGGUCACUUCUCAUUCGAAGGCCACAAAACGUUGAUCCAGACAUUCGGAGAAGGUUUGUUGGGUUCGCCCAAUAUAUCAACACUUGGAUAUCUUUCGAUUUGGGCCGAUCAAGAGUUGUCCUGCGUGGAGCGUCCUACACUUCGCCAACAUGCCGAGAGGGUGACUAUACAGCUGAAAUGCUGAAUUUGCUUCCCCUCUCAGAGACCCUGGAACCAAACAACUCGCUCGAUUCCGCCCAGCUCAUCGCAAUGCUGUCUAACGUCCUUGACAGUUCACAUACGGAGCCCCCGUUUGUACUAUCACAAUGCAAUCUUAUGCUUUGUGUGUUUCGACGACUCCGUGCACUUCACUACGACGUAUGCAAGUCAGACAUGGAUCGCAUUUUAAACCUGAUAACGAGGUCUCUUAUCUGUGCGAAAGACCUGGCAUACCAAAAUUGUCCCUGGAGCCACGUCGCAAAUGUUCCUUUCCAGAUCGUCAGUACCCUUCUUGCGAUAGACAGUGCUGAAUCUCUCUCUCGACUAGAUGAGGCUAUACAGACCAUUAAAAUAAUUGCGGAAAUUUACGAUACAGCUGUCAUGAGGGAAGCAUUUCGAACAGCAGGUUUGUUGAUUCUUUUACAGCAAAAAAGGAAGACGAAUGAUGCCCAGACCCUCAGCAGUAUUCUAGAUGGCUACUUCGAUGCGUCCUUGCAGUUUUGCCAAGAAAAUCCGAAUGAUGGAUCAAACAUUGCCCGCGAGGCAGAAUCAGUAGACCUCGAUGACUUACUUGCAGAGAUGCCAAAUUUAAAUAACUUUGACUGUGAGCAGUUUUUCGUGUCAGAAAACCCCGUGGACUUUUUCGAAAUGGCCUUCUGA